AUGACGGAAUUGCUCGAUUUAACAACACAAUUGGCCUUUUACAAAAGUUAUCAUAGUAAUCACACAAAUGUUUUGAUCCACGCUGCCUUCGUUCCGCUGAUAUUAUAUUCGUCGCUGGUUAUAUUACAUAGAGUAGAGCUUCUCGCGGGCGUAACGCUGGCCCAUCUUCUGGCCGGCAGCUUUGCCAGCUAUUAUGUGGCUCUGGAUGCCAAAGUCGGCGCGCUUGCUGCUGGUCUUUUGGGAAGCACUGUCUGGGGUAUCGGGCUCGGGACAUUAGACAUUCCUUGCACAUGGGCGUGGGCCAUUUUUUUUGCCGGAUGGGCCUCGCAGUUUGUUGGACAUGGGGUUUUUGAGCGCCGGAGACCUGCCUUGCUCGACAACUUGGUGCAGAGUCUUGUGACUGCUCCCUUUUUGAUUCUAUUCGAACUGCUUUUCUUCCUGGGCUUGUAUCAAGAUUUACAACAUGAGAUCAUGCAAAGAGUCAAGGGCAAGAAUUCCAAGAAACUCUAG